GCUGAACACCCCCCGGUGACUGAACAUUAGUAACGUGUCAGAGUCGGCAUUGUAGUAGUCGGAUGAAAUCCGCUGCGACACCAAAACAUCUCGAAGAUUCCCUCCUUUUAAUGAAACCCUGAAGGAGGACCAAGCGUGCUCCCGUGAGGCCAGGCAACUAAAAGGAAAGGCAAGGCUUGCAUGGAAACACAUUCUGCAACAGCACCCGACGUAGAAACCGGCAGGUUCGUUCGCUCUGCUAUCGGGAGCAUGCAAGGCUUCCAUCUGGGUUGGUGGAAAACCGGACACUCAUCCAAUGAAAAUCUCAAGGAUCUUAGAGAAAAUUUGGCCAUAAAGCGAAUGAAUGAGUCUCGGGAGAGAAGACAAUGAGCCUUCUUGGUUGCACCAAGUCGGGGUUUCUAUUAUGUGUUGGAAUCUGUCUCGUCCUGUUGGCCUUAAACAACAUCACCCAACCAGAAGACGGGAGGUCCAUUCUGUCCGAGAUCAAAGAAUGCGGCUACUACCCCGGAGAACUGUGCAAAUCAUUGUUUGAAGGAAAGCCGGCUGCUCUAGUGGUGGGAAACGUAUGUCAAGAAGCUCUAUUGCCGACCAAGAAGCCAUCCCCAACCAUCCUAGAUUGUUCCACCCUGAUAGAGGAAUUACACUUUAUAACCAAACCUCUGUCCGAGGAAGAAGCCGGCUACCCUUUGGCCUUCAUAUUGACCAUACACAAAAACCUGGAGAUGUUUUUGAAACUCCUCGCCGCCAUCUACGCCCCGCAGAACAUCUACUGCAUCCACGUCGACCAAAAGUCACCCAAAGACUUAAGCCAAUCGGCGCAGAAAGUGGCGGACUGCUUUCCAAACGUUUUUAUUGCUACGAAACAGGAGACGGUGGUCUACGCCGGGAUCUCCCGCCUGCAAGCGGACCUAAACUGCAUGGAGGACUUGGUGCGUUCCCAUUCUUCGUGGAAUCACGUGAUCAAUCUUUGCGGGCAGGACUUCCCAAUCAAAACCAACAGGGAAAUCGUAGAUUAUUUAAAAAGUAAAUGGAACGGCAAGAACCUAACGCCCGGCAUGAAACAACCGUAUCAUAUUAAGUACCGAACGCAAGUUAGUUAUAAAGAGUUUGUUCACGAUGGGAAGUCCUACGUUUAUCCCACCAAAAAGGGCAAAGGGGAUCCGCCUUUUAACCUGACCCUGUAUUUCGGGACGGCGUACUACGCCCUCACCAGGGACUUUGUUCAGUUUGUGCUUUCCGACAAGCGGGCUACAGAUCUUCUUGAAUGGUCCAAGGACACGUACAGUCCGGACGAGCACUACUGGGUAACGCUCAACAGGAUUAAAGGUGCCCCCGGAUCCACCCUCCAUGCAGGAUGGGAGGGAAAUAUCCGAGCUAUAAAGUGGAGGGACCAAGAGGGGAUAAAUCACUCGGGAUGUACCGGCCAUUACGUCCGCGACAUCUGCGUCUACGGUCUUGGGGACCUGCAAUGGUUGGCCGACUCCCCGCAUUUAUACGCCAACAAAUUCGACCCGCUUCGAUACCCGCUCGUCACCGACUGCUUGGAAAGGCAGCACCGGCGCAGAGUCCUGAGAGGAGCCGAGGUUCCCAUAGAAGAAGACUGGCAUCUUCCGGACGAGUACGGCUUAUCGACGCAUCUGUGACACGCCGACCGACAUUUGCAUGGAGCGGCCGGAGAGCCGGGAGAUGGAUUUGACUAAAGGGACAUCAUG